AGGUCAAAUCAAGAUAAAAUACUCGACUGUGUGCUCGCUCGUCAGUACUUGUAACCUUUAUCCCAGCGAACGUUUUCAUCCGUGGCACUAGGCACCCGCAAUUUGGGUGCAGAGAUUAACCAGGUGACGUGAACUACAGAUUAACUUGGUGAAGGGAAACCAUAGACAGCUGGGUGUUCUGACGAGCUGCCCUACCUUGUCGAAAAUUGCCCAACGUGGCACAAAUUUAUAGUAACCGCGAUCCAAACAAAACUAACCCUCAUCCUAACCGGCGCAUGCGCAGUAACACUUGGUCAGACCCGUCGACAGAGGGGAAUUCACCAUGUUGCCUGACAAAGAUGGUCCAGGCGGUGGAGGUGGCCAGACCACCUCUGCUGGAGAGGACCCCUCUGUGAGUCUGUUCAGAGAAUACCUCCGUCUCAAGACUGUCCACCCAGAGCCUGAUUAUGAUGCUGCCCUUAGGUUCCUGGACAGAAUAGCAGAGGAGCUUGAGCUACCCAUGAAAAAGAUUGAGGUGUGCUCACGCAGAGUUGUGUCCAUCAUGACAUGGGAGGGCACGAACCCUGGUUUGAAAUCAGUCCUGCUAAAUUCCCACACAGACGUUGUGCCCGUUUACCAGGAACACUGGAAGUACGAUGCUUUCACCGCUGUCAAAGAUGCAGAAGGCAACAUUUACGGCCGGGGAGCACAAGACAUGAAGUGUGUAACCAUACAGUAUAUCCAGGCUAUCAGGAGACUGAAAGCGGAGGGAAAGAAGCUCAUGCGCACUGUGCAUUUAAUGUUUGUGCCAGAUGAAGAAGUUGGUGGUCACAAAGGAAUGGAAACCUUUGUAAAGCACCCAGAGUUCCAAAAGUUAAACAUUGGCUUUGCGCUUGAUGAAGGGCUGGCCAACCCGGGUGAGGCCUAUACCGUGUUUUAUGGAGAAAGGAACCCCUGGUGGAUCACAGUCCACUGCCCAGGCAGUCCUGGCCAUGGGUCGAGGUUUGUGGAGAACACGGCUGCCGAGAAGUUGCACAGUAUCAUCAACUCUUUCCUAGGCUUCAGAGAAAAGGAGAAACAAAGGUUAAAUACCACCAAGUGUUUCACCCUGGGUGAUGUCACCACAGUGAAUAUGACCAUGGUGAAAGGAGGGGUUGCCUACAAUGUCAUCCCGGCUGAAAUGGAUGUCAGCUUUGACCUGAGAAUACCACCUACAGUCAAUCUUCAGGAGUUUGAAGAACAGAUCAAACUGUGGUGUGAAGAAGCGGGCGAAGGAAUCACUUAUGAGUUUGCUCAGAAACACAUGAGCCAGGGCAUGACGUCUACAGACGAUACUGAUCCCUGGUGGAACGCUUUCAGCAUUACCUGCAAAGCAAUGAAUAUGACUUUGGAGAAGGAAAUAUUCCCAGCAGCGACGGACAGCCGUUUUAUCAGAGAAGUGGGCAUCCCUGCUAUUGGUUUUUCCCCAAUGCACCGGACGCCAAUCCUGCUGCAUGAUCACAAUGAGUACCUGAAUGAGCAAAUAUUCCUUCAGGGCAUUAACGUGUAUGAAAAGCUCAUUCCAGCUCUGGCCAGUGUUCCUGCCCUUCCUGAUGAGCCUUAAUAGACACAACCUCAUCUCUAAUCCUCUUCUUAAAACACAACACUGAUGAACUGAUGACUUGAAUAAUUUUCAGAUUUUACCAAAGAAAGGAAAACGGUACGCCAACUGAGCACUUAACUUUUGGUAUUAUUAAUUUUUGGUAUUAUUAAUUUUCGAUAUUUCUCAGGACACAGCUGCAGUAGCUUUGCAUAACUUAAGUGUUGCAAUGGCUUUGUAACAAUGUCAAGGGUGGAUCUAAGAGGUGGCCGCCCCCCCAGUAAAUACCUGGCCACCCAGCCGUCUGAAUUGGGUUUGGAGGGAGGGUGGUGGGUGGGGUGGGGGGAGCUGAUUUGCUGUUAGUGGUCAGGUCACAUGAUAAACUCUUUAUCAUCAUAACCUUAUUGGUCUCAGUCAGCAUUAAAUUCUUAGAGGAGAUCUCACAAUCUUAGGUGGUGAGCUUGUUUCCAGAUAUUUCAUUUCCCGCCAUAGAGCUGACUGGAACUAGCCGAACUAGCUUCAGUGUUGUAAUGAGGGAGACGGCAGAGAUAGCUUAUUUACCUUUUUUUUUUCUUUUUCAAAAGUUGUUUGCAUUAAUUUACCAUAUUAUGUGUCCUCAUCCUCCUAACUGCACACUGACAGUAGCAAAAUAGAAGAACUGCAAAUUUUCAGAAUGUUUUGAGUGCCGCCCACUGAAAAUCACUGGCCCCUCUUUGGCCACCCUGUUUUAAUUAUUUUGGUAGCGCCAUUGAACACCACAGUUAUGUCAUUGUUGUGGGUUUUGUGUUUCGGUGUCAAUGGUCUUUAAUGAGUUAUCACUUGUGACUAUUUCAUGAUAGUAGGAAAUAGCCCAGUUAUACAGAGGUGCAAACAAUUUGAAUGAGAUGCUAAACCCAAAAGCCUUUUGAUUGCCACUUUUUGAAUUUUGAUUUAUUUUGAAAUGUUAGGUCUCCUAACAGAUUUUAUCUAAUAAAGUCAAAUUCGAUA